AACAUCAGCCGCCUCCUAAUACCAGCCGUAGCAAACGGGAACCCGCGACAUACAGAGAACCACCGUGGCCGGCGUCUGGGCUGAUCUUCCAUGUCUAUGAAGUCUCCUCUCCUGGAAAAUGGGCGAGUCUGCAGCUGCUGCACCCGCCGAUGCGGAUGCGUCUGAGCCUUCUACGAGCGAUCUGCCCUCUACAAGCAAUCUGCCCAUUGCGAGCAACCUACCCCGGACCAUAGACGUCGACCCUACCGGCGAUAUCGUCCUGGACGUGACGUUUGAAACCUCCGCCGCUACCCUGAACAGGACCCGCAAGGCGCAGCUCGCUGCCAGCAGGAAAGCCGGUACUCAGCCGCCUCCUGCGUCGGCAUUGAAGCCCAAGAUCCGGGUGGCGUAUCGCACGAGUCUAGCGAUACUCAGGAAGCACUCCAAGUAUUUUUCAAACUUGCUCUCAAACUCGCAGUUCCGAGAGGCUAGGCUCAUCUCGGAUGCCCAUGACAAGCUUGCUGAGAGGAAGAUCAAGCCCAGCGAGGCGGAUAUAAGGGACCUGCCCUGGAUCCCCAUCGCUGACGACGAUGAGGCCACCAAGGCGGCUAGCCGUGAGAACGUCAUGGAGGAUAUCUUGAACAUUAUGCACCAGCGGCCGCCCAAGACAGCGCGGGCGACCAUAUCGCAUGUCACAACGCUUGCUAUUGUGGCUGACCGCUUCGACUGCGUCAGCGGUGUCGGCCGCGCCCUCAACACAGACUUCAAGUUCAAGUGGCCUCUGACAACGGGGAAACCGCUUCGAGGUGAAGACGGCAAGCCCACUGACACGGAGCAAGCGCUUCGCCAAAAGGCCCUCGUCGCGUGGCUCCUGGGACAGCCUCUGCGGUUUCACCAGGCCACGCGGGAGUUGAUCUUGCGAGGGUCCAGUCUGUGGAGUGAGUUCCACGAUGCCGGUGCCGACUCGGAUUUGACCGCUGUCUGGUGGAAUCUACCAGAUGGGAUUGAGGAAGAGCUACGGUACCGGCGUGAGUGUAUCCUAAACACUAUCGCGUCAGUACAACGUCACUUUCUUGCACUUUUCUCGUCUCGAGAGAGACAAUGUAAACUGGGUUACGAUACCAGUGCUGCAUGUGACUCCUUCCAACUAGGCCAGAUGCUCAAGUUCUUCCUCGCCAAGAACCUUCUCUUCCUUGUCGACUUUGGUCCCACAUCCCUCGACUCCGUCCCAGAUACGGCCAUGGUCGAGGUCGAAGAGCUGUUAUCGACACUUCAACAGUGUCCUAACUACCAAAUCGAUAAGAACCACACAAACUGUGGCCUGAGAGUACGAUUGGAGCCUAUUAUGGGGUACAUGCGCACCAUGCUGUCAGCCAAUGUCAUUGCACUGCCCCAUGCUGACUGGGAGCGACGCCGGAUUGAGGUCUCGUGGGUAACUGCAAGGGAGAAUAGUGACGUCAAUGACGACAAGAGCCCGGGCAAGGCUUUUGAAUUUACAAGGGCCAUUGCCAACGACCAGCGGCUUCGGUACGAAGGGGCAAUGUACGUGGAUAAGAUGGCCAAAGCCAUGUUCAUGGCUGAAGCCUGGGAUUGGACCCCUGAGGCGUGAUAUAACCUAAGACUUGCCUGUCGAUAUUUGGUUUUUAAACUUGCUCAAUAUUAUCAGAUAGAUCAAAGCCAUGUGGUAGUUACAACAAUAGGAUCACACAUUUUAACGCUACACAUAGAACCAGAGCAUAUAGUAGGUCGCACAGUACGGUUGCUGCAC